AUGCUGUCUCGCGCCGCUCGUCCCACCGCCAGGGCUGGUGUUGCCGCCCUCAGGUACGCCCCCCCCAAUGCCGCCAACUUCGCUACUCUCCGUGAAAUCGAGGGCCGUCUCAAGUCCAUCCGCAACAUCGAGAAGAUCACCAAGACCAUGAAGAUUGUCGCCUCGACCAAGCUCACCCGCGCCCAGCGUGCCAUGAACUCGUCUCGUGCCUACGGUCAGGCUUCCCAGCAGGUUUUCGAGGAGGCUGAGACUAAGCCCCUCGAGGCCGAGGGCAAGACCCUCCUGGUUGUCUGCUCCUCCGACAAGGGUCUCUGUGGUGGUAUCCACUCGGGUCUUUCUCGUUACGUCCGCAGAGUCUACGGCCCCAACCCCGAGAGCUACGAGCUUGUUGUCCUCGGUGAGAAGUGCAAGGCUCAGCUCGGCAGAUCCAACCCCAAGAACAUGGCCCUCUCCUUCGCCAACGUCGGAAAGGACGUCCCUUCCUUCGCCGAUGCUUCCGCCAUCGCCGACCAGAUCACCCAGCUUCCCGGCAACUACUCCAGCGUCAAGAUUCUCUACAACAAGUUCCUCAACGCACAGCAGUACGAGCCCACCGUUGUUGAGGCCUUCUCCGAGGACGCCAUCAAGGCUUCUGCCAACAUCUCCUCCUUCGAGGUUGACGACUCAAUCCUCGGUAACCUCCGCGAAUACUCUCUGGCCAACUCCCUCUUCUGGGCUCUUGCCGAGGGUCACGCCUGUGAGCAGUCUGCUCGCCGCAACGCCAUGGACAACGCCUCCAAGAACGCCGGUGACAUGAUCAACAGAUUCCAGAUUCUGUACAACCGUACCAGACAGGCUGCCAUUACCGGUGAGCUGGUCGAGAUUAUCACCGGUGCCACCGCCUCCGAGGACAUGUAA